ACACGCCAAAUUCAACGCGGAUUUUCCCAGAAACCUCACACGUCAUCAAUCUCUACUUGGAAUACCAAUUUUGUCCUCCCUUAAGGCCUGCACUGAGAUAACAAUGAAGCAUUAAACUGAUUAACUGGGGUGAAGUGAGGUGAGUAAUGAAGAAAACGACGCAGUAUUAAUGUGGAUUAAGGCAACUUCUAAUUUACUCCCUUCGUUAUUAUUUAUGUUUUCCAAAGUUUUUGUCUUUUCCAGAAAACAUUUCUCUCAGUUAGCUUCACGUAAUCACCGCCAUUUUCAGCGGGAAUUCCAUCCCUGUGAAUUAUAAAUUAAUUGACAUAAUCCAUCAUCCCUCUCCUCCUUUUUUAUAUCCAUGGUCUCUCUACUGGUUAGGAAUUUGAUGCAUUAAAGGUAAGACUUUUACUCGGGUUAGUAGUACAUGAUUUCCUCCGUCGUCCUCUGCGUCGAUUGAUUUAAUUAUGGUUUGUUUUACCUGCUUGGAUGAAUUUGUUGAUUGCUCUAAUGAAUUUAAUGGGCUUUGAUCAAUGUUGGUACCUUUACAUGCUCAAAUUAAAAAUGCUGAUUUUCAUUUCUAAUGUACUAAAUUUUAAGUGGCCUUGAUGGGAAUUAAUCUUUUUGUAUGAAAGAAGUCAAAGUUUUGAGCUUUUGCGUUUUGGAUUUGUGAUAGAACUUGUACUGAUGAAAUUUGGAAUCUUUUGUGUUUUUGGGGUUUAUGCCAGGGUAGUGGAGGCGGAGGAAAACCCUAUUUACUGUUGACUAUUGAGUGAUCGAUUACCCCAAGGUUUACCAAGUUUCUGACAAUUUUUGCGUUUUCGUAUGAUUUGAAACCCAUAAUCUGUGGCUCUUUGAUUUGAUACUUCAAUUGGAAGUCUUGAGCCAAGUUAGCUUUCGGAUUCUAGGAGUUUUGGAUGGCUCAGAUGAAUUGUAAGCAAUCCACUCUUCAGAAUUAUGGUGUGGGAGGAGGAGUUUCGCAUUCAAGGUCUUCAUCCCAACCUACAUUCUUUGGAAAUCAUAGCUUGCCUCCUUUGAGCCCUUCUCUGCCUCAAAGCGAGACAUCAUUGGCCUCGAGCUCAAGCAAUAAGGAUGUAUCAAUGGAUGAGGUAGAUGUAAGUUCUCGUGGCCCUCCUAUGGUUGGUUCCUCACUUGCAUUUGAUAAUGGUUUUCGAGCCAAUUUCGAUGGUCUUCCUCCUCGUAGAGGCCAUAGGCGCUCCAGUAGUGAUGUUCCCUUAGGAUUUGAUGUCAUGAUCCAGACUUCACCCCAAUUGGUGCCUAUAAGUGGUCAGAGAGCAUUGGGUCAAGCAGGCUUUGUGAAUGAUAAAUUUGGAAGGGAUUUGCCGCUUCAUUUGCAAAAGCAAGAAACUAAAAUCACUAGCGAUUCUAAGAGUGCUUUGAAUGGAACCUUUGGCAGAACAUUAGACGGUGUAGACGACUUGUUUCAGUCAUAUAUGAAUUUAAAUGAAGACAAAAGAAGCUUGCUUAGCUGCUCAAACAAAAGUUCUUGUGAGAUGAAUGAUAUCAAAGCUGAAACCAUGUCAAAGAGAAGUUUUACGGGAAUGGAUGGGACAAUUUCAGCAGAAGGGAACAAAAGGAGUGCCUCUGAGGACAUUGGUCCUUCUGGUCGCCACUUAAGGAGCCUCUCAGUGGAUAGUGCCUUUGGAAACUUGCAUUUUGGUGAAGACUCACCGAAGAUGCCCGUGAAUGACAAUUUAACUAAGUUUAACUUGGAGUUUGGAAACGGUGAAUUUAGCGAAUCGGAGCUUAAAAAGAUUAUGGCGGAUGAGAGACUUGCUGAGAUUGCACUGUCAGAUCCGAAGCGUGCCAAAAGGGUGUUGGCCAAUCGUCAGUCUGCUGCUCGUUCCAAGGAACGUAAGUUGCGAUACAUCUCGGAAUUAGAGCACAAGGUACAGACGCUGCAGUCAGAGGCCACUACAUUGUCUACCCAACUUACAGUUCUACAGAAAGACUUUACUGAGAUUACCAAUCAAAACAAUGAGUUGAAAUUCCGUCUUCAAGCUAUGGAGCAACAGGCACGACUUAGAGAUGGUACGUGCAUUCUGAUUUUGCUGUUCUUAAAUAUAUUUGCUGCAUUGCAUGUGCUCUAUAAACGUGUGAGGGAGAAUGGUUGCUGUUGGGGAAGGAAUAUCUUCAUAAUGUACAUGGUACAAUUUAUGAAAAUGAACAAAGUUGAUCAUUGACUAUGGAUGCAUAGAACCUGCCUCCCCUGUGAGAAAGGUUCAUCCAACCAACUUAUCAAUAUGAUCUAUUUCAUACUUUAAACCUUACAAAGCUAAGCUCCUAUAACUUAAAUCUUCCUGGGUUUUUUCUUUUUCUGGUAAAGGAAAUCCUCCUGGGUUAUUUAGUGAGUUUUAAAUGGAUAACUAUGAAGUAGUCACUAAGGUUUUCUCGACUUGAUUCAAAGGGCCGUUUCUUCUUUGUCCUCUUUUCACUCUCAGUUGGCACUUGUUCAGACUUGUCACUGAAGCAUGUUUAUUGAUUCUGUUCAUUCUUAUUUUUGGGGUCUACCUCUGUAGUAUUGUGUUAGAUGUGAACUGUUUGUCUGGACUGUGAAAUGAGAAUGCUGGGUAUGGGUUUCUUCCCAUGCAAGGGGGAGUUAUCUAUUCUGUUUUUCUUGUAGAUCUUCGUUUGACCUUUUUAAGUUUUGGGGAUAAGGAGUGGGACAGUUAUUGGGUUCAGUCUUUCAGAACUAAGUUGAUUCAUUUAUGUGUCUUGUUGCAGCUCUGCAUGAAGCACUGACUGCAGAAGUUCAGCAUCUAAAGCUCGCUGCUGCUGAGACUAAUGAAGAUGAUGGGUCAUCAAGUUGCAUAAUUCAGCAUCUACCUGGGAAGCAGCAUCACAUGCACCAGAUGCAGAAUCACCGUCAAUCUGGUCAACACCAACAUCUAUCAAUAGCGGCGUCGAAAAAUGCAGCGACACCGGGUUCUGCUACUCCUACCUCAGCAUGAAGUAUGAACAACUAAGAAGACGCUCGAUAGCCAAGCGUAUCUGGCGGAUAUAAGCUCUUUCCAUUGCGUGUUUCCUUGUCUUGGGAGAAGUGAAAUUGGUGAUUCUUUUGGAUAUUCAUGUAGUGAUGAAUCAUUAUUUUGUGCAUAUAUAUAGUUAGACCUGGGUGGUGAGUUGUCGUUCGGCAGUCGAGUCAUAGGAAGGAAAGUCUUUUUUCACCUGUUAAUUCAUAGUACUUGGUUUUAAGUCUUGAGAGUUUAACUGCUUGUUGUUGUGUCACAAUCUUGAAGAAGGUGAGUAUUUUGUAAACCUUGCCAUUGUCCAAAUAAGGAUACAUUACAUACAUCAUUAAUCUUGGUUAAUUUCUGGAUUACAUUUUGAUCAGUGAUUCUCUCAAUGAAAACAUUGUAACCACGAAAUUGACCUCAAUAGGUAAAUUGUUGGACUGGA